AUGUCAUCGAGCAAUUUUUCUGUUCCUGCUCCUCCUCUCCUUACAGGAGAAAACUAUCAAUUAUGGGCUAUUAAGAUGAAGUCUUACUUAAAAGCCAUGAGUUUGUGGGACGUCAUCGUUAAUGAUGCUGAUCCUGCUCCGCUUCCGCAAAAUCCAACACUGGCGCAGAUAAGGAAACACGAAGAAGAUAUGGCUAGAAAACCUAAGGCACUUACUUGUAUACACUCAGCAGUGUCAGAUGCAAUAUUCACAAGAAUAAUGACUUGUGAUUUACCAAAGCAAGCAUGGGAUAAAUUAAAGGAAGAGUUUGAAGGCAGUGAUAGGGUAAAGUCAGUCAAGAUGUUAACUCUUAAAAGAGAGUUUGAAAUGCUGAGAAUGAAGGACGGAGAUACAGUAAAUGAGUAUUCUUCAAAACUCAUGCAGCUUGUGAAUCAAAUUCGGCUUUAUGGUGAGACAUUUGAAGAUUCAAAGGUGGUGGAGAAAAUGUUGAUCAGCCUGCCAGACAAAUUUGAAUCCAAGAUUUCAGCAAUUGAAAAGUCUUGUGAUUUGAAAACUUUGUCAAUUGCAGAACUUAUUAGAAAGCUGCAGGCAUAA